AGACAGCCUGGCGAUAGUGCUACCAAAUUCGCGUAGUGUGAGGCUGCAAGUUUUUGUUGAGAAAGCGAGUGAGAUUUCUUUUGUGGACGUUCUUUGUCAAUGAAUUGUGAUAUCGAGGUUUUCCUUAACAUUUGUAAUUAAUGUGUAAUCCACCAAACAAAAACAACAUUUUGUAGUCUCUUUGAGAUAUGAUCCCGAUGUCUCGCCAUCUGGGCCAAGGAUCACACCAGACGCGGCAGACAGAGCUGGACGAGAUAUGGGGCGACCUGCGGCGCGGCAUCGAGCACGUCUACAGCUGCCGCUCGAUGAGCAAGCGGCGCUAUGUGCAGCUCUACACACUCGUCUACAACUACUGCACCAGCGUGACGCAGCAGCAGCAGCCCAACUCGCGCGCCUCGUCGGGCAAGACCAAGAAGGGCAAUGCGUGUAACAGCGGCGCGCAGAUCGUCGGCAAUGAGCUCUACAAACGGCUGCGCGACUUUUUCAAAACGUACCUGAUGCAGCUACUAAAGGACGGCAAGGAGCUGAUGGACGAGCCGGUGCUGCAGUUCUACACGCGCAACUGGGAGGAGUACCAGUUCAGCUCGAACGUGCUGAACGGCGUGUGCUCCUACAUCAACCGGCACUGGGUGCGCCGCGAGCUCGAGGAGGGCCGCAAGGACAUCUACGAGAUCUACCAGCUGGCGCUGGACACGUGGCGGGAGCACCUCUUCAAGCCGCUCAACAAACAGGUGACCAGCGCCGUGCUGAAGCUGAUCCAACGGGAGCGGAACGGCGAGACCAUCAACACGCGGCUCGUCAGCGGCGUCAUCAACAGCUAUGUCGAGCUCGGUCUCAAAGAGGAGGACUCGGCGUCCAAGGGCGUCAACCUCACCGUGUACUGCGACUCGUUCGAGAAGCAGUUCCUGGAAGAUACUGAGCGCUACUACAUCCGUGAGAGCACCGAGUUCAUCAGUCAGAACCCCAUCACAGAGUACCUGCGAAAGGCGGAGACGCGGCUACAGGAGGAGCAGCGGCGCGUCCAGCUCUACCUCCACGAGAGCACGCACGACAAGCUGGCCAAGACGUGUGAGCGCGUGCUGAUCCAGCGCCGGCUCGAGACGCUGCACACCGAGUUCCAGAACCUGCUGAACGACGACAAGAACGAGGACCUGGAGCGGAUGUUCGGACUCGUGUCGCGGAUAGCUGACGGCCUGAACGAGAUGCGCUCCCUGCUGCAGAACCACAUCGUUAGCCAGGGCAUCCAGGCCAUCGAGAAGAUCGGCGACGAGGCAGCUAACGACCCCAAGGAGUACGUGCAGACUAUCCUGAACGUGCAGCGCAAGUACAACGACAUGGUGAACGGCGCGUUCAAGGGCGAGGCCGGCUUCAUCGCGGCGCUGGACAAGGCCUGCGGCAAGUUCAUCAACAACAACCCCAUCACAAAGGACGCCAAGUCGUCCAAGAGCCCCGAGCUCCUCGCCAGAUACUGUGAUCUGCUGCUGAGGAAGAGUAGCAAAAACCCCGAGGAGAACGAGCUAGAGGAUAUACUCAACCAAGUGAUGAUCGUCUUCAAGUACAUUGAGGACAAGGAUGUCUUUCAAACGUUCUACAGCAAGAUGCUGGCCAAGCGGCUGGUGCACCAGAUAUCGGCCAGUGACGACGCCGAGGCCUCGAUGAUCUCCAAACUGAAGCAGGCCUGCGGAUACGAGUACACGAGCAAGCUGCAGCGCAUGUUCCAGGACGUGGGCAUCUCGAAGGGUUUGAACGAGGAGUUCCGUCGUCGGCUGAACUCUGCGGAUGGCGCGCACGGCCUGGACCUGGACUUCAGCAUCCAGGUGUGCUCGUCGGGCUCGUGGCCGUUCAACCAGUCAGCCACCUUCCUGCUGCCACAGCAGCUGGAGAGGAGUAUCACCCGCUUCACUGACUUCUACAAGGCACAGCACAGCGGCCGGAAGCUCAACUGGCUCUACCACCUGUCCAAGGGAGAGCUGGUGACAAACUGCUUCAGGAACAGGUACACUCUGCAGGCGUCGACGUUCCAGAUGGCUGUGCUGCUGCAGUUCAACACGGAGACCUCGUGGACGCUACAGCAGCUGCACGACUUCACCUCCAUCCCCAUGGACAUGCUCAAGCAGCAUAUCGCGGUGCUGCUGAAGGUGAAGCUGCUCAGCUGCGAGGACGCCCAGCUGGUCGAGUCGUCGGUCGUCAGCCUCUUCCUCAACUACAACAACAAGAAGCUGCGCGUCAACAUCAACGUGCCGCUCAAGUCGGAACAGCGGGUGGAACAGGAGAACACGCACAAAAAUAUCGAGGAGGACCGGAAGAUCCUAAUCCAGGCGGCCAUCGUCCGCAUCAUGAAGAUGCGGAAGGAGCUGAAGCACCAGCAGCUGGUUGGCGAGGUGCUCAACCAGCUGAGCACGCGCUUCAAGCCGCGCGUGCCCGCCAUCAAGAAGUCGAUCGACAUGCUCAUAGAGAAGGAGUACCUGGAGCGCACGGACCAGAAGGACAGGUACCGGUACCUGGCCUGACGCGGCUCCGGGUCCGCCGCCUCCCGGAGGAGGGGAACUAUGCCGCGGCGCGGCGCGACCGCCGCCUCCGCCGUGCCGAGGCGCGCCGCCGGUCCGCGCUGUGCCGCCGCCCCGCCCGCUGCCACCCGCCCGUCCGAUGCCAGGGGGAGAUGUUGGACGGCCAGCCGGGCGCGCCCCGGCGCCGACUCGGCUGCAGCCGCCGCCGCCGCUCGCGCCAUGCGUCCAACGACAAUAUGUGAACGCGCGAGCGCCAUUGUUUUCAUGACGGCCUUUUACGAACGUAACGCUAGAACGUGAGACGGAACGAGUGGUCGUCGUGACUGUGCUUUCCAUUCUCCUCCUCCCGCAUCCAGUGUUCUGUGUGUGCGUGAAAUGUGUGUAGAUACAUAACGUGUUUACGUGUAAAGGUUUAUUCAAUAAAUGAUGUCCACAAGAA